AUGCCGCACUCGGACGACCCGCUGACGGGCUACUACUGCUACAUGUUCGAGCCCGCGGGUUCCGCCUGGGCCGACGCCCUGAACCAGAUGGCGUACGCCCAAUGUGCGCAGUUCACCUUCGAGACCGCUCUGUUCCGACUCGUCGGCGAGGGGUCUCUGCGCCGAUAUCCGCUUAGAAGCAUGCGACAUCAGCGAGCCCAAAUCAGGUCGCGACGCUCAUCGGUGGGCUUACCGCGGCCGAGGAUCCCAUCACCGCGGUAG